AUCUUUCUUGUAUCUUAAAUUCCCCUUGCACCCUCUUUAACCAACCAUGGAGGCAAUCAAGAGACGUACCCUAGAGGUCACGGUCAUAUCUGGUGAGAACCUUUGCAUCGAUCGGACUCCGGCGACGGAGAAUGUGUACGUGGUGGUUCGGGCAGAGUCGCUGAAGUGUUGGAGCACCAAAACGGCGAAGCAAGAAGUGGGGAGCCUAAGCACUUCAUGGAACGAGAAGUUGAUAAUGGAGGUGCCACUGCAUGCACAGUCCAUUACGUUCGAAGUUCAGUGCAAGACGCCGAGAGGUAUGGAUCGAUCUAUUGGGUUGGCAAGAAUAGCGAUUGGGGAUGUGAUACCAAAGGAAGAGAAACGUUCGGAGAUGCUGAGUUACAGGCUGAGGAAUUGGGAAGGAAGGAGGAGUGGAGUCAUCAAUUUCUCAGUCCAAGUAGUGAACAAGGAACAAGAAAUUACUAAGAAAGAAAAAGACUCGAUUGUGGUGAAUUCUGGAGAUUUCAAGCCUGAGAUAAGUGGAGCUCAUCGUCAUGAUCAAGACAUGAAUGCCAAUAAUAAUAAUAAUAAUCGUGGAUAUGUGAUGGGGAUUCCUGUUUGGUGGAACCACUUUGGCAUUCGUGUUUGAAGAAUCAUGAUCCAAUUUAUGUUCUUUAAUUAUAUUGAUGCUCGAUUGGAACCUUGCGUGGAGCUAUCGGCGAAGCGGAUGCCAGAGAAGCCAUAUGGCCGUCGUACUAAUGAACUUGGCUGCUUACUCUGAGUGCUGUAAGAGUUUCUAGUGCAGUGUCGUUUCGAUUUACUACCACAGUGUCGUGUGCGUGUGUAUAACAAAGCAAUACUAUCCAAGCUACCUUUGCUAUUUUUUAUUGUGUCGAGACUAUGCUUGAACAAAUCUUAUGAAAUUUUAUGAUGAAUUAGGCAUCAGUCAGUUUCGGACUUUCAUUGCGGCAGUAA